CAGAAGAAGAAGAAGUUUCGCGAGAGUGAUGGGCCAAACAACACGGCGAGAUUUAACAUAUCCACCAAAUAGUGAAACCAGUUUUAACUGACACAUUCUUCACAGCAAUCAUGUUAUGUAGUCGGUACAUAAACAGCGGAAAGGAUUAAGUGGGUAGCAAACUGUUAGCAUAACUUCUCUGCUAGCAGGAAAAACUCAGCUGACAUCAGCAGACCUGUCAGCCGGUGGACGCCGCAGCAUGUCGGUGCACUUCGAGGAGAGGAGCGGUGUCGUGCCCUGCAAGACACCCUGGGGCUCCUGGUACCAGACCAUGGAGGAGGUCUUCAUCGAAGUAAACGUGCCUCAUGGGACGUCUGCCAGAGAGGUCAGGUGCCAUUUGGGAUCCAGAGUCAUCGAGCUGCACGUCAGAGGGCAGGAAAUAUUCAAGGGAAAGUUGUUUGACACAACCGUGUCUGAUGAGGCGACAUGGACACUAGAGGACAAGUGUCUCAUCCGGAUCAUUCUGAUGAAGACCAACAGAGAGGCGGGGAACUGCUGGUCCUCCCUGCUGGAGGGGGAGUACUGUGCGAAUGCCUGGGUCCAGGACCAGAUGCAGAGAAAGCUCACACUGGAGAGGUUCCAGCGAGAGAAUCCUGGAUUUGACUUUAGCGGCGCAGAGAUCUCUGGGAAUUUUGCUGGCGGUGGUCCUGACUUUUCCAAUCUACAGAAUUGACCGUUGCUAUGGUCUCAAACAUAUAGUAAGUGCUGGAGAUGUCACUUCCCUCUAAUGGACACUAUUGAGGACAUCCACGGCAUGGCAGAGGAACAGUGGGUCUGUCAGACUGUCACCAAAAGGAAGCGAAAGACUUUCGCAACUCUCUUCGGGCGGUCUAAUUGUUCGACAGAGACACAACAUGUGUAACACAGCUAGCCCUUUCUAUCAUCUGCCUUUCCGUUGGUUCUGAACUGAUUUUGUCUGGCAAGUUAAAGCCCAUUUUACAGGCUGAACAACAGCUGAUUGUAAAUGUUUGAUCUGUUUGUAAAAAGCCUUUGAGAGAGAUGUUUUUGAAUUUUGAAACAAAAGCAUACAGCAAUAGCUUUUCAAUAAAGUUUUAUUGAAAGGUA